CUCGCCAAGUUCGCGACGCCUCCUCCGGCGCCCACCCGUGGCGGCGCGACUCGACCCGCUGCUGCUGCUCGGCCCCCCUCAUGAAUCUGGCCGGCUUUCUCGCCACGCCCGCGACCGCGACCGCGACGCGGCAUGAGAUGCCGUUAAAUCCCUCCUCCUCCGCCUCCUUCCUCCUCUCCUCGCUCCGCCGCUCGCUCGUCGCGUCGCUCCGGAAGGCCUCGCCGGCGGCGGCCGCGGCGCUCUCCCCCAUGGCCUCCGCGUCCACCGUCGCCGCCGAGAACGGCGCCGCCAAGGCGGCGGCGGAGAAGCAGCAGCAGCAGCCUGUGCAGGUUGCAAAGCGGUUGGAAAAGUUUAAGACGACCAUUUUCACACAGAUGAGUAUGCUUGCCAUCAAGCAUGGAGCAAUAAACCUUGGCCAGGGUUUUCCGAAUUUCGAUGGCCCUGACUUUGUAAAAGAGGCUGCUAUUCAAGCUAUCAAUGCUGGGAAGAAUCAGUACGCAAGAGGAUAUGGUGUGCCUGAACUGAACUCAGCUAUUGCUGAAAGAUUCCUGAAGGACAGCGGACUGCAAGUCGAUCCGGAGAAGGAAGUUACUGUCACAUCUGGAUGCACAGAAGCUAUAGCUGCAACAAUUUUAGGUCUAAUUAAUCCAGGCGAUGAAGUGAUAUUGUUUGCUCCAUUCUAUGAUUCAUAUGAGGCUACCCUGUCAAUGGCUGGUGCCAACGUAAAAGCCAUUACUCUCCGUCCUCCAGAUUUUUCAGUCCCUCUUGAAGAGCUAAAGGCUGCAGUCUCGAAGAACACCAGAGCUAUUAUGAUAAACACCCCGCACAAUCCUACUGGGAAAAUGUUUACAAGGGAAGAACUUGAGUUUAUUGCCACUCUCUGCAAGGAAAAUGAUGUGCUGCUUUUUGCUGAUGAGGUCUACGACAAGUUAGCUUUUGAGGCAGAUCAUAUAUCAAUGGCUUCUAUUCCUGGCAUGUAUGAGAGGACCGUGACCAUGAACUCUCUUGGGAAGACAUUCUCUCUUACAGGAUGGAAGAUCGGUUGGGCAAUCGCACCGCCACACCUGACAUGGGGUGUAAGGCAGGCACACUCAUUCCUCACGUUUGCGACCUGCACACCAAUGCAAGCAGCUGCAGCUGCAGCUCUGAGAGCACCAGAUAGCUACUAUGAGGAACUGAGGAGGGAUUAUGGAGCUAAGAAGGCAUUGCUAGUCAACGGACUCAAGGAUGCAGGUUUCAUUGUCUAUCCUUCAAGUGGAACAUACUUCGUCAUGGUCGACCACACCCCAUUUGGUUUCGACAAUGAUAUUGAGUUCUGCGAGUAUUUGAUUCGCGAAGUCGGUGUUGUCGCCAUACCACCUAGUGUAUUUUAUCUCAACCCUGAGGAUGGGAAGAACUUGGUGAGGUUCACCUUUUGCAAGGAUGAUGAGACGCUGAGAGCCGCGGUUGAGAGGAUGAAGACAAAGCUCAGGAAAAAAUGAUGCCAGCAAUCACAUGUGGCUAUUGAAUUUUGAAUAAUUUGCCUGAUCAGAAUUGCAUUCAAAAUGCAUGUACUGUUCUAGCGAUAGUGUUAUCCUGUCAGUGACUUCAUCUCUAUUGUCGUUUGUAUUUGGCUGUGCAAGCGAAUAUGAUGGUUCAGGAUUUGCUGCCAUUACACUUUUGUAGCCUAAGUAGCAAUCUGCGGCCCCUAUUUGCUCAA